AUGAAGUUGUGUGGCGCGCGCAUUUUCUCCCCUCUAACGAACUUGCAAUUGCAAGUGGAUGAAUCACCACGACGACAACGACACACCCAAACCCAACUUUUGUUUUCUUCUUCAAGUUUCCAAAACCAAGUGGACUCUUCAGUUCAUCGGGACCAGAAUGAACGUGCGCGCUACGUUGUCGUUUUAGCACCACCCAUGGCUGACACCGAUUCUUCGCCUUCUGUUCCUCUCCAAUGGAACUUCUCUCAAGUACUCGGCCAACAACUUCUCAACGAGACUCCCCAAAACGACGACAUCAUAACCACCGUUGCGUUCGAGAAGCGCGGCGAUUAUCUCGCCGUUGGCGAUCGAGGUGGACGCGUUAUAUUAUUCGAACGAGAUGAUCGGAAAAAGAGUGCUUCGAGUAAUCGAAGAGAUUUGGAGCAGCGGGAUUUGGCAACUUUGUGGCAUCCCAAAUUUCGUUACAAGACGGAAUUUCAGAGCCACGAGCCCGAGGCACGUUCGUAA